AUGAAGGGAAGUCUAGAAGGUAUUUCUGGGUCCGGUAACUUAUUAAGAGCUACAAAGUUGCAAAUUAAACUUCUCAGGAGUCUCGAAUUUAAUCCAGUGUAUUCUAAUCUUGAAAAGGUAACUUACUUGGACUUUAAAUACUACCGCUGUCAGGCUGCCUUUGCGGCUUACAACCUGUUUCAGGAAAAUGACCACGACUAUAUGGGCCUAUGGAUGUUGUACACCCUUGACGUUCAACUCUUCUCCUUUUUUUUCUCAAUCUUAAUGACCAUGAUGGUAGGACACGUCUAUCGACGGCUGCAUGUUGUAGAGUUCAAACUCAAUUUUGGGAUAUCUGGUUGA